UUUUUGUUACUCUGUAACACCCGUGUCAUUUCACUAUGGCGCAGGGGCUGUAAACAAAUGCGGUGGGGAAAAAGCGCGUCCUCUUUGUGAAAAUAGAAUUCUGUUAGGGAUGAUUUCGCGUUUAGUUGAGUAUUAACAUAGUACGGAUGGAGAAAUGUGUGAAAGCGCUUUAGUGGUGCAGACUGGACGCAGACCAUCCGAUUUCAGUAACAUGGACAGGAUCAGACCGUCAAAGCUCUUUCAAAUACACCUUUUAUCCCGUUAGUCCGGAGCUCUUUUAGGUUGAAAUCAUGUUGACAGGAUCCAAAACCACCUUUAAAGUGAGACAGAUGGUUCCGGACAUGAAGGAGAGGAUGAUGAGCCACAGUAGCCUUCAUGCACGCGGGAGAGAUGUGUUCGGCCUCUGCUGUUUACCAGGAGAGUGUGUGCUACAGCGAGCCGUGCUGGUGAGGAAGAAGCUGUCGGCUAAAGAAGGAGGAGGCUGGUUGUCUGGGACUCUGUUCUGCACUCAUUUCAGAGUGGCCUUCGUGCCUCAGGACAGCCAGAAACCUGACGAUAACGCAGAUCCUGUGAUGCUCGGAGAUCAUGACGUCGCUCUCGCCUCCAUUGAUAAAGUCGUGGCAGUGGGACCGUCUCGCACCAAACUAGUGACCCCUACUUGCUCUCUAAAAUUCACCCCCGAGGAGCUGGUGUUGUACUGCCGAGACAUGCGUGUCCUCUGCUUCCUGUUUGACAGACUCACGCCUGAUACUCAAGCUGUGGAGAUCACGUACACCAUUGCUAAGACCUACCAACCACUGAAACCUGGAACCAUCCUCUCCUUCCAAAAUGCUGCUUUGGGUAGUAUUGAAAUGAAGCAGUUCCUAAGCAACCGGCGGCGUGACCCUAACAUGAACUGGUUCGAGUGCUCGAUGGGAUGGGAGCAGGAGCUGGAGAGGACAGGUGCCAGCGGCUGGAGGGUCAGCUCUGUCAAUGACCGCUUUGAGAUGUCCACCAGUCUGCCCAGAUUCAAUGUGGUUCCUCAGAGGGUCCUGGACACAGAGCUCAAGAAAACAUUUGCCCACUUUAACGAUGGUCGCAUCCCACGCUGGUGCUGGCGACAUCCGCAUGGCAGUGAUUUACUACGAAUGGCCAGCUUCCAAAAUAACAUCUACCAUGAGAAGGACGACAUCAGGAACCUGGAGUUGGUGCUCUUCGGUGGACAGCAGCUGUGUGUGAUUGUGGAUCUGGGAGAGGAAAUGCCGUCACCUGCAGACAUCCAGCUGGCUCACACGAGACUCCGGACACUUUGUCUGGGCGAUAUUUCAUCAUCUGUAUCCGUACCUGAUGACAAGUGGCUCUCCACUCUUGAAAGCACUCGCUGGCUCGACUAUACUCGGUGCUGUCUGAGAAAAGCUGCAGAGGUGGCUUGUUUGCUCAGAGGAGGUCACAUGACUGUUGUUCUCCAAGAGCCGGAGGAUCGAGACAUGAACUGUGUGGUCUGCAGUCUGGUGCAGGUGAUGUGUGACCCUCACUGCAGGACCGUGGCUGGAUUUCAGGGCUUGGUUCAGAAAGAGUGGAUCAUGGCCGGACACAAAUUCCUCAGUCGCAUCAACUACCACAGAGAAAGUGAUAAAGAGGAGGCCCCUGUGUUCCUGCUGUUUCUAGACUGCGUAUGGCAGCUGUGGGCGCAGUAUCCCGCACGCUUCCAGCUUACUGAAGACUACCUGCUGGCUCUGCAUGACAGCGUGCACCUUCCACUCUUCAGCAGCUUCCUGGCCAACAGUCAGAGGGAGAGAUGUCGCCGUUCACAGCAUCUUCCCCAGAGCUACACCCCAGUGAACGGUCUGAGAGAAUUGCCCAUGGGUGCCCCAGAGGAGUCGGUGGACCCACCUUUCCCUCCGGUGUGGGACUGGGCCCUGCAGUACAGCGGUCAGAGACGAGCCCGCUUCACGCAACCUGUGUCCCAACCCGCCUGCCCUCCACCCGUCCUCAACGGAAACCUCAACACCAACCUGGAGCGCAGCUGGCACAGUGAUGGACUGCCAGGCUCUGUGUUCCUGUUGUCCCGUAGCACAUUCUCCCAUCCCUCCAACCUGCUCCCCUGGAGGAGCGGAAACUCUGGCUCAUACUGGAAGAGCCACCGCAGGGCUCCUUCAUCUGAGAGUCUGUCUGGACUCGAGCGUCUCAUCCGAGCUUGUUCACUCUCUGAACCCUCAGAGAACCCCUCAAUCCUCCACGACCCAUACGAGCCCCUGCUGCCCCUGCUCUUGGGACCCUGUGUCAGAGUAUGGAGGGGCUGCUAUUUACGGGGCGCACUACACGCUCAGGCGUUCUCACACCCCACGUCUUCCUGCAGUCAGCAUCCAUUAGAUCAGCUGGCCUGGGAAGUGCAGCAGCUCCGAGAGAAACUGGCUCAGGCUUCUCACAGACGCCCAGAGAACCAGACUAAACGACAGGAGCCACGCCGACUGGAGUCCAACCUCAACCAGAACGCCAACAAUGGGACCUUCCUGUUCUCCUCUUCCUCUAGAACAUCUCAACAACAGCCGCCGCCGUCCAACCGAGGUGCGGCCCUCUCCUCCGUCCCUCCCAGAGCCCAGUGGACUGCAUCUGAUCCGUCCAGGCCUGCGCAGAGGAAUAACGGCAAGCACACGUUUCUGUUCGGCCACCAAGAGCCACAAUCAGGGCAGCGUUUCAUUCCCUCCCCUAGUGCCAAACUUCCCAAACGCCCCGGAAACUCACACUGAUCUUUGGGAAGUAAAGAAACGCCCUCCUCUGGUGUUUGUGUUACUAUAACAAUUAAAUACGGUACAAAGCAGAAACUCCAAUAGAAACAUGAUAUUUAUGUGCACUUGAAAAAGCACAGAUUGACAUGGACUUUUUUUUUUUUUGUAUAAGCAGCUAUGUAAAGUUUAGCAUAGAACAGGCUAGCAAAAAAGCAUCAACAAUUUACAUGAAAUUCUUCCUCUGUUGUGUUUUCAUAAGAUAGUCUAGUUCACUAAAAAUAAUCUUAUUUAUUCAUCCUCAUGUUGUUCCUAAUGUAUAUUCUUCUUAAGUCAUGAUUUUGUGUGAAAAUAAAACUAAAUUUGUCAUAAAAGUAGCAAUAUGCAAGUUGAUUUUGUUCACAGAAUCAGUCUAAAUAAUUUAUUUUGAAGCUUGAAAGCUUGCAAUUUAACUUGAAACAGUGAUGAUUUUUCUUACCUUGUGUUCCAUGGAAGAAAGAAAAUAAAAAGAGAUUGGUAUGACAUGAGGGUGACUAAAUAACAACAGAAUUUACUAUUACUUUGAAUAAAAAUGAAAAACUGUAGCAAAGCAGAAUGCUAGUAGCCUGUAUGUCUGCAUUUGAAAUGUUAUGUGUCUGAGGUUCAUGCCAAAAUAUUGAUUUGAUAACUGUGUUGAUCAAGAAACAGUUUUAGCUUUAAGUAGUUUGUGCAUGUAGCAGUAGUUCUUGGUACUUAGGCUAGUAAAAUAGCGAUUUGUGUUUCCUCAAACAAAAAGGCUGGAAAAUGGCUGCUAUCACGCAAAGGAGGUUUUGCAGUUCCCUGAACGGCCACAAGAUGGACACACAAUAAUCUUCAGCCUCCCUGGUGAAUGCAAAGAAUACAAAACGCUGUCUUGCCUCUUAAUAUUUACAAGCAAUGGCACAAUACUGUUAAGUGUGUUAUGCAUUUUUUGUAUUAAUACAAAAGUAGAAGAGAAAUGUAGAUUAGAUGCAACAUCAGUGAUAUGACAAUUAUUUAUAUGCUGCCCGUUUAAGUGGAUAUUUAAGUGUUACUACUUCAUUAUGAACGGGGAUGUGUUUUUAAAAGCAUUGUGUGAUGAGAGUUAAGUCAAUUUGUGUAUGAGAAAGGGAAAAAAAAGUGGCGCUCAUGCUGAAGGACAGUUUAUAUUCUCAUUUUUAUCUUCUGCGCAUUACUCUCUCCGUUAUAAAUCAGAGGAGUUCUAGGACCAUGUUUUUUCCUUUCCUGUGGAUGUCUUUUGUAAGACUGACAGAUUUUCUACAAAUUAGUGUUCAUUCUGUUAAUAGUUGACCCAAAAAUGAAAACUCUAUUUACUCAUCCCCAUGCUGUUGUUUUUCUCUUCAAAAUUAAUUUAAAAAUUCUGAGGAAAAAAUAACAGCAUUUGGAAGAACAUAAAUGUGACAUUUUUUAGGUGAACUAUUCCUUUUAGGUUUGAUGGAAAACUCUGAAGCUCCUUAGUGAUGUGUGUUACAAGACAAGAUGGCUUCAGAUCUGUUCUUGUGAGACGUUCUUCCUCAAAAAGCAUUGCGCCACUAAUGUAUGACAACAGUGACGUUCUAAAAUUGAGAGAGUAGCUCCAGAGGUUUGUGUCCUACUUAUAUUUCCCCUACGGGGAAAGGGUGCUGGAAACAUUAACAUACGGUACCGUGUUGAGAUUUCAUUCUAUUGUCUCGCUCUCAUAUCAGCAGGAGAAAUGGACUUGAAAUAUCUUGCAUCAACAUAUUUCACAAGACUGAACUGAAGUAAAAGUUUAUUUGAUGGCACAAGAAUUGCUUGCAUGUCUAGAAAUGACCCAAUGCUUGUGCCUUGAAACUGAUUCCAGUUGUUUUGUAUUUUUCAUCCUUGCAUCUGCCACAGGGACGAAUCAUUACCUAUUCUCAUGUUUUUCAUUCCUUAUUCUUUUAUAACAACCUUUAUUGGCACAUUUUAGAUAAAUAAAUACACGUUAUAGUUACUAAAUACAACUGUUUGACGGUUUUCUUAACAUUUGUUAUUCUGGCUUAUUAAAAAUAUAU